AUGACCUACUUUCCGCCGGAUGAACUGAUUGCUUGUAUUCGGCACGAAUUGCACGCCGAAGAUGAGACUGGUCUUUGUGAUAAACUCUUCCCACCAUUGGAUCGACGAGCCAAAUUCGGCGGUGUUCCGUUGGGUUUCCGCACGCAUUACGAUGAACACGACGAUCAGCAACAAUUCUAUAUAGAUUUGGUGGACGAGGAUGAGCAACUAGGCACGUCAUCCAUUAUUGAACAACGUCUUCGAGCAAGGACACAGGAUUCGGAUACGGAAAAUCAGAGGCCGAUCGUUCCAAUAUUCACCUCAACUCUUACCAAUCGUCGAUUAGGUGACCGCGAUAAUAAG